AUGCUUGGCACAUUAUACGAUACGUGUCGUUUAAUUCGAGAAGCCGAACAAUUUCGUAAAUCAUCUAACUUGCAACAAACAAUAAUGCGAAUUGAAGGACAUCUUCGCAAAGCGAAAGAAUUUUGGACAAAAGCCAAUGAUGAAUUUAAUCGAACAGAGAAUACAUCUCAAACUCGUCCAGAAAAAUAUACAUUGGAAAUGAUUCAUCUCAAUUUGAACAGAGCAAAAUCCGAAAGGGAGUAUGCACAAAAAGAGUUGGAAAUGAUUUUGAAAGGUAUUAAACACCAUUUGGAAAAGCGCCCAUCAAAUCGAACAAAUCACGCUGUUGGUGCUGGACUAUCGGUAUUGAACGUUGGUGCUACCAUUGUACAAUUCGUCGCCACACCUGUCAUGCUGCCUAACUUAGCAAGAGGUUUAUUUAUUGCAAAUGGUGGUCUUCAAGCCGCAAAUGUUAUUGGUCAUUCUCCCGGAUUUUACUGGACGCAUGAAGAAAUUGAUAAACUUGAAGAAGCGCAACAAAAAAUGAAUGACUUAGAAGGAUCCAUUAAAGAUUCAUUUAAAAAGAUCGAGUAUGGUAUGCAAAAAUUGGAGAAAAUCAAAGAACCUAUUGUCACUAUGGCCGAUUCCACGCUCGUAACCGAAGAAGAAAAUGAAAAAUGA